CAACACAAAACAUAUUACACCACACUUCUGCAGAUAAGACGGAACACUUUUUCUAUAAUUUAUUUUCGUAACAUUCAAAAUCAGAAUCAUUCGCUUUUAGUUUCAAAACCUAGUCUGGAUAAACUACCUAGGUUCUAUAUAAAGCGAGCAAUGAACAUGUUUGCGAAUUUAUGUGAAAUACCUGAGCUAAGCAGGCCGAAUGUUUUUAUUAAAGAUAAAGAGGAUUUACUUAAGAAAAUAAAUCUAAUUGUAUCCGAGGGUAACAAAAAGUUACAAAUAGUAACAGACUUCGAUCACACAUUGACAAGACACAAUAUGGAUAAUGGAGACCCAGUAUUGACUAGCUAUGGUAUGUUCAGAGAAUGCCCAUCAAUACCUAAACAUUAUAAAGAUGAAGAGAAUAGGUUAUCAGAAAUAUAUAAGCCUAUCGAAGUAGAUCCAGUAAUGAGCGAUGAAGACAAAACCAAGCACAUGAUUGACUGGUAUGUGGCUGGCCAUAAGUUGUUAAAAGGUAUGCAGUUUCCAAAAAAUGAACUUGAGGAAGUGAGUCAAAAAAUGAAAGAGUGCUUUAGAAUAGGAGUUAAUGAGUUAUUAGCAUGGAGUGAGGCAAAGCAGGUGCCUGUGCUAGUUUUCUCGGCAGGGCUCGGAGAAUGUGUUGUAGCUGCUCUCAGAGCUGCUAAUCUCCUUUUACCUCAUGUGAAGGUGGUGUCAAACUUUCUUGCUUUUGAUGAUGCAGGAGCUAUAAUUGGUAUAAAAGGUGAUGUGAUUCAUACAUACAACAAGAACGAAACAGUCAUUAAGAACACAGAAUAUUAUGAGAUGGUGAAAGAAAGGAACAAUGUUUUAUUAAUGGGAGAUAACAUUGGAGAUGCAAGCAUGGCAGAAGGUAUGGAGCAUUGUGACGUCAUCAUCAAGAUAGGCUUCCUAGGACGUAAUACAGAUGCCAACCUCCAAAAUUAUGUUAACAAAUUUGACAUAGUUUUGGUUAAUGACCAUACAAUGGACAUAGCAAAUGCCAUAUUGAAACAUGUGCUGUGAUUUAUGUUUAGUCUACUAAUAACAUUACAAGAUUCUCAACUCAUUGAAAGUAAUUUUAAGCUGUUGAACCCAUUCCAAGUGGUGACAACAAUUACUAUAGUGAGGUGCGAGUUUAUAAGACAUGCAAAUACCCUCUGAUCAACACUUAUUUGAAAUUUGAAUUUAUCCAUUCCAAAUGGAUGAGAUACAAUUAAUUGUGUGCAUUAUUUUGUAGAAAUGACCUAUUUUUGUAUUUAAAUUUGCGCCGCAUUGAAUGGGUAAAUUUCACUUUAUUGAGUAAUAUUACUUAAUUACUGGUAAUGCUAGAGGUAUCUACUUCUUAUAAAAAAAUAGUUUUUAUCUGUAAUAUUACUAUAUUUUUUGCUUCUUCAUAUACAUUUAUCUUUUACAUGCUAUGUUAUAUUAGACAAACCUGCUCAGUUUAAUGUAGGUAUAUUUUAUUCUGUAUAAAAAGAACAAAGUUCUUAGUAGUAUCCACAUCGUUAUGUGGUCCAAGAUCCAGAGCUAUAGACCAAGACAUUUUUAUAAAGCUAAUAAAUUUUAUCAGUCCGAGGCUCUGAGACAACAUUAAAUCUAUGUGAAAUAGAGGAAGAACUCUCAAAUGAAUGGAAAUUUUAAAUUAGAAAGAAAGAAUUGUUUUAUUUGUUACGUAAUUUGGUUAUGGUGAUGCUGGGAUUUUAACUUUUUAUAAAUAUUAAAAUUGAAUGCGAAAAAGGCGAUUGAAUAUCAUAUCAAGAUAUUUUAUAAUAUAGAAUCGGUUUUGUAGAUUCUCAUAAUCAAAUUCUUAUUUUUGCUUAGAUACAUUUUUACAAUGUGAUAGCUAUGUAUUAUUAAAAACGGUAUAUUGCUUAAAAUAGAUUUUUGAUUAUAUAAAUUCUUGUUUAUUUUCUGUAUUUCCAUUUCCAUAUGCAAUGUAAAAAAUUCAUAUGUUUUAAGUACAGUAAAUGGCAGAUUGAAUGAGGUUUA